AUGCCACCCCCAGGAGUAAAGGGUGCACGGGAGCGGGCCAAAAAGAGUGCACCAGCAGCUGGAGCUGGUGAGAAACGCAGGAAGGGCCAGAGGGCAACAGAGCCUCCGAAGCCAGGCUGGGCCUUGAGUCAGGAGAGGCUGACGGCCAUGCCCCCCACACAACGCCGCCGCCUCCUGCUCUUUGGAGACCUGCUCGACGACGCAGACGCGUCCGCCUCCAUCUUUCCACGCGAGUCUGUGGACGUACCCUACUCCAUGCCCGACCCGCGCACCUGGACGCUGGCAUCCGAACUACCCUCUCAGCGUCAGAAUCGGCUUCUGGGCGUCCUCAAGGCCGCAGAGGCCCGCGGCCGAGUCCGCGCCCUGAGGUUGCGCUACACCCGAAUGCGGGCAGAGGAAAUCGCUCUGCUGAUCCAGAAGCAGAGCUCCGCGCGCGCCGCCAUUCGGCUGGAACUGUUCCUACCACCCCAACUGAAGCCCACGAAAAUCCCCGAUCCUCUGGACCGACAGGAGGUGCGGCCAAACCCGGAGACGGGUGGGAGGGCCCGGAGGGCCCGGAGGGCCCCCGUGCCUCGCCACACACUGACACCAGCCCCUUUCUCCGCAGCGGAGGCGUGUUGA